CACAUAUCGUGACAAAAACGAAAGAGAAAGCAACAGAGAUAGCAUUUCCCGGUAAACCUAUCCUUCUAUUCCAAAAUAUGGCUCUUUCUCCAUCAAAAAUAAUUAAACUGGGCUCUUCAUAUGGUGGUUUUUGUACUAAAUGUCGUCAAGUUUCAAAAUGGCUACCUGGCUCGCUUAGAACUCUUCUAAACAUGGACAGUCUUCGCGCUCGACAGGCCGGCGAUCCGAUCUUACGGGCGGAAGCCGAGACUGUGGACAUCACGACUAUCCAUUCUCCUGAGUUCAAGGAAAUGGUCGAGCGAAUGUUCAAAGUCAUGAGGAAAGCGAAAGGUCAGGGGAUUGCUGCACCACAGAUUGGAGUGGGACUUCGAGUGUUCGCAAUCGAAUUUACAGGACAACAUAUCAAGACGUUGAAGGACCGAGGACUCUCCGAUAAAGAAAUCAAACGCAUGGGUAUUGCCUUAGUUCCUCCGAGGGUUUUCAUCAACCCCGAGUUUAGAAUAAUUGACUCCACGUUACUGGCAUUCCGUGAGGGAUGUUUGAGCGUGGAAGGUUUCUCGGCAGUUGUCCCUCGAGCAAAAGAAAUUGAAGUUACAGCCCUGGACAUGGAGGCUCGGCCAGUCACGUGGAGAACAUCUGGGUGGCCAGCGAGAAUCGUUCAACAUGAAGUUGAUCACCUGAAGGGGAAUCUAUACAUUGACUGUAUGCUGUACAAAUCAUUUAUGAAAAAUGAUUGGAGAGAUUAUACGAAGAAAUAGGCUAAGGGCCUGCAGUUGUACAUAUGUACGAAUAAUCUGGGAUAAUAAAUUAGAGAAUAGCCCAAAGAAAA